UCCACUGCGAGCGCCUGAAGACUCAACGCCUCGCACCAACUUCUAGGUUUUUGCCGAGAUUUCCCCCCCUUCUCGAACGCGCAUGUUUCGUGAUUAUUUUGACGAAACGCUCCGCGAUUUGUCUGCAUUCGCCAUUGGAUAAACAACACAUUGUUCGCUGGUUGAGUUGGCGUAUGAUCGCAUUCAAGCAUCGCUUUUAUUCCGCAGGAUAUUCAUGUUUUUAAAGAUACAAAGGACGCGGUGGAUCCACUGGCGGAGAUCAGAACUCGCUCGCUGGAGGAGGACGCGGGUGGGAUUGAAACCCCGGCCGAACACGAACAUUUCUUUCCGCGCUGUCAGUAAAUGAAGUGGCCUGUCGGAUUUGUUAUAUUAGCUGGAUUUCAAAAAGCCAUCCCGUUUCAGAGUGGAAAAUUAGGACAGGGCGACCUGCAGCCCUCACAAAGGGGUUCCACGCAGCCGAGCGCACGGCGUUCUUUUCUUGGGGCGCAAAACCGGCACAUGUUUGCGUGUAGAUAGAGAGGACAUUUGUGAGAUUUUGUUUGGUUAAAGAUAUGGACAUGGAUAUUUUGCAUUUCGAUUGGCAUAGAAAGUUAUAAGUGAUUUUUAAAACUGCACUUUUCCCACACUAUCACUUCACUGAUACAGUAGUAGAUAGUUUUUCUCCAUAUAAUUCAACCGUGUUCGUCUGAAGUUAAAAGCAUUUUCUCUCAUGACUUGGUGGCUCCUCUCUGUCCUGUGACGACUCCCGCCGUGCGAUUGCUCGUUCCUGAUGGGUGCAAGACCCAGCUGACGAUUCUUGAACCUUUGCACUGUUUGCCCAUCUUUGUAAACAUUCCCCAGCGAAGCACCCGUGAUACCGCGAUGGAGCUCUUCUCCAGGAAUGUGGCCGCGCUCUGGAUGAUCCUGCUGGAGUUCCUGCUCGAAACAGCGGCGGAUGAAGAAGUCCUGAUGAAUACGAAGAUGGAGACAUCAGAUCUGAAGUGGACGACAAACUCUCGCUCUAAACCUGAGUGGGAGGAGAUCAGUGGUCUAGAUGAGGAGAACAACAGCGUGAGGACCUAUCAGAUCUGCCAAGCCGACGGCUCGUCCAGUCACUGGCUGCGCAGUAAGCUCAUCGAGCGCCAAGAGGCAUCGCAGGUGUACGUGGAGCUGCUCUUCACCAUGAUCGAAUGCUCAUCGCGGAUCACGCACCACCGAUCCUGCAAAGAGACCUUCAACCUUUACUACUACCAGAGCGACACGGAUGACGCGACUGCAACCCACCCCGCGUGGAUGGAGAACCCCUAUACCAAGGUGGACACGGUGGCCGCGGACUUCCUGCUGCGCAAAGGUGGAGAGAAGAAGUUUAAUGUCAAAACGCUGCGUUUGGGCCCUUUGACCAAACGUGGAUUCUACUUGGCGUUCCAGGCCCAGGGCGCCUGCAUGGCACUUCUAUCUGUGCGCGUCUUCUUAAAGAAGUGUCCGGCUCUCACGUGCUCGCUAUCCGUCUUCCCGGAGACAGUUCCGCGCUCGCUGGUCCAGGAGGCGGUGGGCCAGUGUGUGGCCAACGCAGAGCAGCCUGGACCCAAUCCCAGAUCGCCCAAGAUGUUCUGCGGGGAAGAUGGACAGUGGGUGGACCAGCCCACCACCACCUGCACUUGCCUGCCGGGCUUCGAGGCCAGCCAUGGAGAACUGGAGUGUAGAGGUCCGCCCUCGUCCCCGCGCAGCCCUGUUCCCCAGGUCAAUGACACCUCUCUCACGCUGGAAUGGAGCGAACCGUUAGACAGCGGGGGCCGAUCGGACCUCACCUACAGUGUGGAGUGUCGAAUGUGCCCGGCCCCCAGGGGCCCCUGCGCCCCUUGCGGGGAUGGUGUGAAUUACCGGCCGUCCCAGACUGGGAUCCAGGGCCGGCGCGCGAGCAUCUGGGGUCUCCGACCUCACACCACCUACAGCUUUACCGUGAUGGCCCUCAACGGGGUCUCUCCUCUGAGUCAGCAGGGGCCCGCGGGGGAGACCAUCAACAUCACCACCAGCCCCAACGUUCCUGUACUGGUGUCGGGUUUGAGGAAGAUCACAGCCACAGAAUCCAGCCUGACGCUGCACUGGAACACACCGACCCAAUCACACUACAGGAUCCUCCAGUACCAGCUACGCUACUGUGAGAAGGAGCGCGGCUCUGAGGAGAACGCCUGUCAUUAUAUGGAGAGCAAUAUCAACGAGGUGGUGUUGAGUGAUCUGCGCAGGGCGACGCAGUAUGAGGUUCAGGUCCGCGCUCGCACCUUGGCCGGCUACGGCAGCUUCAGUCAGGCUGUCGUCUUUCGGACCCUUCCUGACGAAGAUGAUUCCUCGUCUCCGCUGCUUGUUACCGGGAUCCUUAUAGCCAUGGGCAUGCUGCUCCUCAUCAUCGUCAUUGCUGCUGCGAUCUACUGUAUAAGGAAGCAAAGUCAUUUCAAAGAUGCAGAAACGAGUGACAAAAAUGGCCAGUAUCUCAUGGGUCACGGAGUGAAAGUUUACAUCGAUCCAUUCACUUACGAAGACCCUAAUGAGGCCGUGAGAGAGUUUGCUAAGGAGAUUGAUGUCUCGUGUGUCAAAAUCGAGGAGGUUAUCGGGGCAGGCGAGUUUGGAGAAGUGUGUCGUGGACGGCUGAGGAUUCCGGGUAAGAAGGAGAACUACGUUGCCAUUAAGACUCUUAAGGGUGGAUACACAGACAAGCAAAGGCGGGACUUUCUGUCCGAGGCCUCAAUCAUGGGCCAGUUCCAGCACCCCAACAUCAUCCACAUGGAAGGCAUAAUAACAGCCAGCUGCCCCGUCAUGAUCCUCACCGAGUUCAUGGAGAACGGAGCUCUGGACUCCUUCCUGAGACUCAACGACGGCCAGUUCACUCCGAUACAGUUAGUCGGGAUGCUGCGCGGCAUCGCGUCGGGAAUGAAAUAUCUCUCGGAAAUGAGCUACGUGCAUCGUGAUCUUGCCGCACGGAACAUUCUUGUCAACAGUAACCUGGUCUGCAAGGUGUCCGACUUCGGUCUGUCGAGAUUCCUGCAGGAGAAUUCAUCUGAUCCUACCUACACCAGCUCACUGGGCGGAAAAAUUCCGAUUCGUUGGACGGCACCCGAGGCCAUUGCUUUCCGUAAAUUCACCUCCGCGUCAGAUGUGUGGAGUUACGGCAUCGUCAUGUGGGAAGUGAUGUCGUUCGGAGAGCGGCCGUACUGGGACAUGAGCAACCAGGAUGUGAUUAAUGCCAUUGAGCAGGAUUACCGGCUGCCGCCGCCUCCCGACUGUCCCACUCACCUGCACCAGCUGAUGUUGGACUGCUGGCAGAAGGAGCGGACGGCACGGCCACGCUUUUCCAACAUCGUCUCAGCACUCGACAAGCUCAUUCGCAAUCCUGCCUCGCUUAAAAUCACCGCGCAGGAGGGGGCAGGACCCUCUCACCCGCUGUUAGACCAGCGCUCGCCGCUGACGCCCGCGUCCUGUGGGACAGUGGCUGAUUGGCUCAGGGCCAUUAAGAUGGAGCGUUACGAGGAGAGCUUUCUGCAGGCCGGUUACACAUCCAUGCAGCUGCUCGCACACAUCACCACAGAGGAUCUGCUGCGUUUGGGAAUAACUCUGGCUGGUCAUCAGAAGAAGAUUCUGUCCAGCAUCGAGGCUCUCGGGAUUCAAAACCAAACUCCAGGGAAUGUGCUUUACUGAGUGAAGCGUCCACACACACACACACAGAUGCUUGCUGAGUUUGCCUGAGAACCUUCAUGUAAC